AUGAAUUCAAACAACUGGCUAUCGUUCCCCCUCUCUCCGUCAUCUCACUCUUCCUUGCAAGCAAAUCUUCAGCCCACUCAGCCUCAUCAGUUUUCUCUGGGGUUAGUCAAUGAAAACAUGGACAACCCUUUUCACAACCAAGAGUGGAAUAUGAUCAAUGCUCACGGGGCUAGUGGCGAGGUGCCAAAGGUCGCAGACUUCCUGGGGGUGGGCAAGUCAGAGAAUCAAUCGGAUCUCACGGCUUUCAAUGGGAUGAACCAAGCUGGCGACUCCGAUUACAUGUUCCUGAGCAGCAGCCUUGUCCCGGUCCAACAGAGUGCAGUCGUGGCCGCAGCAACCUCGAGCAACUACGAGCUCCAAGAGAAUGUGGGCAACCUGCAGUCACUGACUCUAUCCAUGGGCAGUGGGAGUAAGGGCUCGGCUUCGGAGAUUAGUGGGGACAACACUAGCAACAACACGGUGGAGAAUGCGCCAAGAAGGACCUUGGACACAUUUGGGCAAAGAACUUCGAUCUACCGGGGCGUUACAAGGCAUAGAUGGACAGGGAGGUAUGAGGCUCAUCUUUGGGAUAAUAGUUGCAGAAGGGAAGGCCAGUCAAGGAAAGGUCGCCAAGUCUAUCUAGGUGGUUAUGACAAAGAAGAGAAAGCCGCUAGGGCAUACGAUCUUGCUGCGCUCAAGUACUGGGGAACAUCGACCACUACUAAUUUUCCUAUAAGUAACUAUGAGAAGGAACUGGAAGAGAUGAAGCACAUGACCAGGCAAGAAUUUGUGGCAUCCAUUAGAAGGAAGAGUAGUGGCUUCUCCAGAGGGGCUUCAAUGUAUCGUGGAGUUACAAGGCAUCACCAGCAUGGACGUUGGCAAGCAAGGAUUGGGAGGGUUGCAGGGAACAAAGAUCUUUAUUUGGGAACUUUCAGCACCGAGGAGGAAGCGGCUGAGGCCUACGACAUCGCGGCGAUAAAGUUCCGAGGCCUCAAUGCUGUUACCAACUUCGACAUGAACCGCUACGACGUAAAGGCGAUCCUCGAGAGCAACACGCUGCCCAUUGGUGGGGGUGCCGCCAAGAGGCUCAAGGAGGCGCAAGCCCUAGAGUCUUCGAGGAAGCGUGAGGAGAUGAUCGCCCUCACCUCGAGCUUCCAGUAUGGGAGCUCGAGCUCUAGCCGCCUCCAGUCUUACCCUCUUUUGCAGCCAUCUUUCGAUCACCACCACCAGCCUCAGCCGCUGCUAACCCUCCAAAACCCCGAGAUCUCGCACUACCCGCAGCAAACCGACCCUUCUUUCCACCAUAACUACAUCCAGACGCAAUUGCAGCUUCAUCAACAAUACCAGAACCACCCUUACUACAAUAGCACUAAUUAUCUUCAGAGCAACCCUGCGCUCUUGCACGGGCUGAUGAGCGUCGGGUCUUCGACGACGGUCAUCGGGGACAACGCUAACAAUAAUGGGAGCUCGAGUGGGAGCUACAGCGGAGGGUACUUGGGAAUGGGCUCGAGCAGCGGCGGAGGUGGGAAUGUGGUCGGAACGGAGGAGCUCGCCAUGGUCAAGGUCGAUUACGACAUGCCUAAUAGCGGUUAUGGCAGCUGGUCGGCGGACUCGGUGCCAGGUUCGAACCCAGGUGUUUUUACGAUGUGGAAUGACUGA